AUGCCUGGAGCUACUGAAACCGUUUUCUUCUUUGUGAGAGCCCGGCCAUUCCUUUGGCCUCUGCUCUCCCUCUUCUGCUGCUUCGGUGGCUGCCCCAGUACCCUGGCAGCACAGCUUCAUCUCAUGCCACCACCGCUGUCCAUCACUUGUGCCAAGCCUGAGAACCGUGUCUAUCAACAACAAGACCGCCCUUUCCAGGUCUCGUGUCUUUGGGACAGAUAUGUGGUGUUGCACUACUCAAAAGCCCCCAAGCGAAACCCCAAGAAGGGAGGCACGGAAUCACUAAUGCCCCCUCUCUGCCACUGGUAUCGGGAUGCCAUCCGGGUCAACUGGACAACUUCCUGGACAGGUGAGCUGAUGCUCGGUCCAGGCCUAUCAAAGGAAAGUCCCCAUCCACCUUGGGCUAAUACUCGGAUCUCUGUACAGUGCAUCUCAGCGUCAUGCUUGGCUCCCUUGUGCUUGUAUCACAACCUGAGCAUUGAGGUUGUGGGGCAAGAUAUUCAUCUCUUCCAGCUGCAGCCUCGCACAUUUCCCCUUUUGGAGAGGCAGCCAGUGCGCUUGGGCUGGUGUGCACGCCUCAAGAGUUCGGCCUGGCACUACUACUUCAAGAGCCAAGGGGGUCUUCCUGAGGACCUCCUCAUUCCCACCAACCAGCACAAUGAGCCCCUCCUACUUAGUGACUACCCCAGUGCCGAAUUGUACCAGGUCUGUAUGUCUUACUAUAGCUACCAUUUGACUGUGCAGUACCCACUUCGUGGAACCUACAUCGCUUCGGUCAGCUAUAAGCCGGGACCCCAGAUCAGUCUCAGCCUGGAUUUCUUUGUGGAGCCUGCUCUGCUCUUUGUUUUCAGGGUAACUUCCCGAUUGCAGAGACAGUCACAAGGGGCCCUGAGCUUUUCCUGGAACCUGCAGCAGCUCAGCCCAGAAAUAGUAGCCUACCAACUCCUGGACACACAGGGUUCCCUAGAGUGGGCCCAUUCCUAUGAUUACAACCCGUUUGGUCUGCACAGCCAUUUCUGCACUGUGCCCACAUCACACCAGACCAAGGAAACAGUCGUGACCAGUGUGUACUUCCGUACCAGCCAGAGGAUAUCAGAGAGAGGGACCGGAAGACUGGAUUUCUCAAACAGGACCUUGAUUUUCAGAACAAGCAGGACAAGCUCAAUUUCCAUAAGACUCAACCCACAGGAAAACACAAUCAGCACUUAUAUUUUUAGCCGGGCCCAAGGCCUCUACUAUUCCACCCAAAAAGGCAACUUGACCAAUGGCCUUACUGAGAACUCCAGCCUCUGCUAUGUAUUUUAUCAGCAAGCAGGCCUCUCUUACCUGAUUACGGUUAAAUUCAUGCGGCUACAGUUAUUUAGAUUCAGCCUGGAUCUAUAUCUGAAUCGGAAAGGGGCUCUCUUCCAAUCUCUAGAGGAAAAGGAGAUGGACAUUUAUGUCUUCAACAGCACUUCCUCUGAAAAUAGCUUGUCCUAUAUUGUAUGGUUCAUCCCUGUGCAGCAUCCCCUUCUGCAGUGUGAAUGGGCCUUCAAUCUGCACAUUUUUGAUUCCGUGGGCGGACGUCUGGUGAAAAACUACAGUUUUGCCUACAAUGAUCAGACCCGAAAUGCAGCUCAUUUCCUUCCUGACUCUGCCUUACCUUUCCAUCCUGUCUCGUAUGCGGGAUUUGUUGCCAGAGUGAAAUGCACAAAGAGUGCAAAAAUUCCUAUAGUAUUCACGGCCAGGUUUAAUAUUUAUGCGUUGAAAGUCAUAGAAUCCCAAAUCGCUUGCCAGCAAAAAACUUGCACCAUUCCAAAAGUUAGGAUCCACCGGGCGGUUAAUACCAAACACAUCCUGCAUUACGCACAGGGGACUGGAUUUACACUUGCAGCAGACAUGCGGUCACACCCUAUUGUGAGAUACCAAACUGCAAAGUUUCUUCGCAUCGCUGUCUUUGGAGCAGGCUGUUUGGCUCUUGAAGGCAUUCAAGAUCAGUGGAAAGAAGAAACCUGCAGCCUUGGAUCUCAAACCAGCUGGUCAAAAAUCCACUGUGUCUGCAAAACAAAAAAACAGGCCACAAAAUCAACUAGAUCUGUUUCAAGAGGGCCUUCAGAACCCGGAAUCCGAUUUUUGGCUGGGAAGUUACUACUAUUUCCCAAUCAAGUUGACAUGAAAGAGUACCUUUUAGAACCAAUGGGACAGAAUCCUGUCCCGGGGUUGAUUGUGCUUGCUAUUUUCCUAAUCUACAUUUCUUUGGCUGUCUGGGUGAGAAGAAAAGAUAGAAGUGAUAUUGAAGAGCAGAUUAUAGAUUUGCCAGAUAAUGACCCCUUUCACACCAUGAGAUACCUAGUGACCAUCUAUACCGGGAGUCGCCCAAGUGCAGGGACCAAAGCAGAUGUCUUCAUUGAACUGAUUGGCCAGAAUGGAUCAAGCGAUGUGCAUGUCUUAAAGCACCCAUCAUUUCCAGAGAUCCUUAAGAACACCUGCAUCGAUACUUUUAUGCUAACUACCAGGGAAGAUUUGGGAGACCUCCUCUCUAUCCACAUCUGGCACAAUUAUUGUGGCUUUGGGCCUAACUGGUACUUGAGCCGAAUCAAAGUCCUCAAUGUAGACACAAACAAGUCGUGGCUGUUUUUGUGUAGAAAAUGGUUGGCCCUUGGCAGGCGUCACUACCAAAUAGAAUGGACUUUUGAGGUCACUGAUCCACAAGUCCCCAUCAGCAGAAUUGAUUAUGUGUUGAUAAUGUUUAGCUAUCACUGGGUCCAAGACCACCUCUGGUUCUCUAUCUUUGUUCGCAGCCUUGACAGCUCUUGGAACAGAUUCCAGAGGCUCUCCUGCUGCUUAGUGAUACUUUUGACCUCCCUGCUGGUCAACACAGUCAUUUUCAACAGUAAGAAAGAAGAACAGGUUUUCCUCCUAGAACUGCAGUAUUUGAAAUCCGUAACAGCGGGCGUUCUCAGUGCUCUCAUCUCCACUCCUGUGGAAUGGAUUGCAGUGGGCUUGUUUAAAUACUCCAUGAAGGGGUCCUCUUCCCAGUGUAACAUCACCAAGGGCCAGGGAAAGGAAAGCUUUACUUGCGCGCCUGAAAGCCCUCCUAAUGCAGACAUCCCAUGGCAAAGCUAUCAAUAUAUGACGUACAAACCAAGAACGAUGGAAGCUGACGAGAUGGUGAAGUUGCACGACGACCUGGUUGAACUGAGAGCUUCCAAGAAUUACCAACCCAUCAAAGAAGAAGACGUUACAGCCUUGCAAAAGAAGAAGAUGAUCCAAUAUUUAGCUUACAAAUGGGGUGGCCCUCCAGCCCUUUUCCUUCCCACCAGCCAUCAUCCAUAUUCUUCACCAUGCAACCACUACUGUGAUGGUCGGCUGCCUCACAGGUGCUCCUCUCAUUUCAGGCAUUGUCAAAUGGUGCACUACACUCACCAAGGACUAUGCUUUCCUUCCUUCCAUGUCAAGCAAGGCCCUUUGGUCAGUUUGGACAUGCAGGUGGAACCCAUCAUAUUACAUCUUUACAGUGCCCAUUCCACAUUACUCCGCAUCCCUCAUAGGACUAUCCGUCUAUUCUGGAAUGUCUCUUCAGCCAAGUCCCAACGAAAGACCUACAGCCUGGUGGAUGCUCACAGCAGAUGGUUCUGGUCUACCACAUACAAUCCAUAUGCUUUACGGAACAAUUAUUCCAUUGCUCCUAGUCCACCAUCUUUUGGAAACAAAAUUGUGGCUCAUUUCUCUUUGGUUCUUGAAGAGGCAGAAUCUGGGGAUUUGAGUGGGGCAUUAGAUUUCUCAGGUGCCAUAUUAAGUCUUAGGACUAGGAAUCAGCCUCUGGCUUAUCUUACUGUCAACUCAUGGAAAAACAAGGCAGGCAUCUAUUUUUUUACUGACAGACGGGGUUUCUCCUAUCUUAUCAAAGGCUCUUCUAGUGACUUGGACAUUCCUUCCAGCGCUUACUACCUUUUUUACCAACAGCAAAGUCUCUCUUACUUGAUCACCAUUGAAUUUGUCCACCAGUGCUGGUACAGGCUCAGCCUCCAUCUGUAUCUUAACAGAAAAGGAGUCCGUUUGAAGUCUUAUUCAGAGAAAGAUGUAGAAAUUCACAUUUUCAACAGUGGCCCUUCAUUUGUGCCAAGUUCGGUCUAUAUUGCUUGGUUUAUUCCACUGCAGAACCCAUUACUCCAGCACAAGUGGACCUUCCAUCUACAAUGUUUGGGUGUAGAGAAGGGAGAUCUUCUCUGGAAUGCUACUUACAGUUACAGAGAUCGUGUCAAAAACGCUGCCCGUUUUAUAUCUGAUCUUCCUUUUAACCCUGCUUUAUAUGCAGGCUUCAUAGCGCAAGUCAAUUGCACACAAAUCGGCCAAAUACGUAUCAUUUUAGAAACCAACGUCAGUACUUAUACUUCAAAGAUCCUGAAGUCCACAGUGGAUUGCCUUCAAAGACUUUGUUUCCUUAAAAAAGUAAAAAUCCGGGAGUCUCAUUAUACUAAUCCUCGAUUAAGCUAUAGUAAAAAGGUCUCAUUCAACCUCUCAGCUCAUGUUGAGGUGAAUUGUCCAGAACCAAAGCAAACACAUAUAAUUUGGAGAAUCUAUAAAGUUCCAGAUAUGAAGACUGGUCCCGACUGGUCAAAACCUUUGAACCCUCCUGGAGUUGGGAAAAAAGAUAUUUUAAUCUUAAACAUUCCUGCUGAUAGCCUAGAUGAAGGCUUGUAUUUAUUUAAUUUGACCAUAUCAUUAAUCACAAUGGACACUUUAGAGAAAGUAGAGGACUCUGAUUCUGUGUUUGUCAGGAUUAGGUCCAACAGACUUUGGGCGGUCAUUGCUGGAGGUGAUUUGCAGAUGGUUGGAUUUUCUGACCGAUGGAUUCUGAAUGGAUCUGCCUCUUCUGAUCCAGAUGCCUCGCAACCUUUUGAAGGCCUCACCUUCACUUGGUACUGCUCCAGACGAAAAGCAGACUAUACUUCCAUGACUUUGAGCAAGACUGGGAAGUGUCAUCCAGAUCAGGCAGACUUGAAAUGGACUGCUUCUUCAGAACCAGUGCAAACUGUUCUACCUAGAACACUUCAAGAAAAUGCCACGUAUUAUUUUCUUCUGGUGGUUCAUAAAGGAGAGAGACAGGGUCAGGCUGGGCAACGGGUCCAGGUGCAGCCUGACGCUUGGCUAGCACUGAACGUCACCUGCAUUGAGAACUGUGGAAGGUCCGUGAUUCCCACAGAAAGAUUUUGCCUUUUUGGCAAAUGCCUAAAUUGUCAAAGGUUUAAUAGGCCUCGGUUUCACUGGUCACUUUUUUCAGGAAACUCCUCUGAGCUCCAGUUUGACUGGGCCUCCAGAACUUCAACAGGGAGAACUAAUCCAUACCUCUGUAUGAAACCAUUGAGUUUGAUGCAUAUGGCAGAAGACUUUAGACUUGUAUUAAAAGUGAGCCUGGAGGGACGUGAACCAUUGGGCUAUAACUAUCAAUUUGUUGUAAAUAUACCUCCAGCACUUGGAAAGUGCCGCCUUAACCCUCCCACAGGAAUAGCUUUUCUAACAAAAUUCUCUGUGCACUGUAGUGGUUUUAGAGAUCAACAUUUGCCUCUUACCUAUAAGGUCAAAGUGGCAUUAGAUUCAAUGGAAAUGUCUACUAAAAGAAACAGUACCUUGGGCACCAUUGUCUAUUUUGGUGAUCAAUCCAAAAGUCCACCAUCUUUUUUACCCAAUGGUGUACCUUCUAAGCAAUAUCUCUUGAACUUAUAUGUCCAAGUAUAUGACGAUCUUGGUGCUUAUUCCCAAAUUACACUACUCACCACAGUGCACAGCCCACUGAAAGCCAAGGAACCAGAGGCUGUGUUAAAGGAAUUGCAUAGCUUAACCGGUGGAACAUCGGCUCCCAUCCCAUAUUUUCUCAACAGUGGAAAUUAUUUUAGUGCAGGAUAUUUUGUCCACAUGGUGGCUUCUGCUUUAAAUGACCUAGAAGGGCUUCCAGGGCUUCACUCCUCAAAGACCAAACUGCGUGAAAUUCUUUUAAACCAUUUGGCUGGGAUUCCAACAACAAAUAUAAUGGAGGCAAGUCACGUGAUCUCAAGUAUUUUGCAGAUAACCCAAGAAAUUGGGGAAAUCAACAGGAAAUCACAGCUUCUUGCAGUCCAAAAGCUCAAGGACGUGACUGAUGGGUUGAGAAGACAUAACAGAGAAAAUGGAAGUUCUAAGGAAAUCUAUGAUCUUGGAACUGCUAUUCUUGCGGGGUUAUCCAAUAUUCUGAAAGCUUCUCUGUUAAAAAACCCACAAAGCCACAGACUCAUGGCUGAGGAAAUCAUGUCUGUCACUGACAUGUUAGUAGACCUCCUUUUAGAAGGCAAAGUCCCAGGAGAACAUGCAACCAUCGUAGGAGCUGAUGACUGGACCAUCACGUUAAAGAAAGAAGAAAAGUGGGAUAUUUCUGAACCUUUUGCUAAGAGAAGAGACUGCCAAAACUGUUUCUAUCCCAAAAUGAAGCAGGUGGAAUAUGACCAGUUGCCUGAUGAUGCAGUAAUAUCUACGGUACUUUAUGACUUUGACAAGAAUCCAUUUUUCUGGUUGCCCUCUUCAGACGACAUAAGCACCAGGGUGGCAGGGUUCAAAAUGGCAGGAAUUAAAUCUAAUGGUGAUGUGAUUGAAAUUGUGCCUGAUGUGGCUGAAAUGAUCCUGACCAGAAAUGAGGAAAAGACAGCUGUAUUUGAGAUGACGGUGGAACGCAACCAAAACUUUCCUGGAGCUUCUGGAGGAUUCAGUUUCGAAGUCUGUAGAAACUCCAAAGACAUCUUAAUCCAGAUAGUGACAAAACUAAAACUCACUUUCCAGGUUUUUAUAUAUGUAGGUCUCAAGCUUAGUCAUCCUCCCUUAGCUAUUUUUAAUGUUUCCUACAAUAAGCCAGCGAUCUCAAAGACUAAGAAUUCCACAGGGAAUGAUUGUCUAUUUCAGAUGCCUUACAUUUUUUGCCUUUCGCAGACGUUACUCAAAUCCAUAUUCCGAGGUAGCAAAUCUGAAAAACAAAACAUUUCCAUUGUUCUCCAAUCUGACCACUUUCUGGGGGACCACAACUCGCAGAGACUUGGCCUCGCGCUGUUUACAGCGGACUGCUUGUAUCUGGAUGAUGCCCAAACACUUUGGAGACAAGAUAAGUGUCACCUCGGACCUCAGACUACAUGGCGAAAGCUACACUGCAUCUGUGCAGGCAAAAGACGCACUGCAAGGACUGUUGACCAACCAACAAGAGGAACCUCCAUGGGAAAUGUCACAUUUUUAGCAGGGAAGGUAACCAUCCAUCCGAAUCCAGCAGAGAUGAGGAAGAUCCAGUUGGCUCAAAUCCAGAAAAACCCAGUGAUAAUCUUGACUGUCGUUUUCAUUUUUCUUAUAUAUAUCUUCUUGGCUAUUUGGGCAAUGAGAAAAGAUAAGGUUGAUGUAGAAAGCCGAGCCCACACCAUUGUCUUGCCUGACAACGAUCCCUUUGAUAAAGUUUGCUACUUGGUUACCAUCUAUACAGGCAGCCGCAUUGGGGCAGGAACAACAGCCACUGUUUUCAUCCAAUUGAUCGGGGACCAAGCAGUCAGUGACGUCCAUUGCUUGAGCCAUCCUGAACAUGUGCCUUUCCUCCGUGGGUCCAUCAAUACCUUCCUCCUGACCACUAAGAAUGACCUGGGAGAUAUUUAUUGCCUUCAAGCUUGGCAUGAUAAUGGCGGCUCUUCCCCUAGCUGGUUCCUGAGUAGAGUCAAGGUGGAAAAUAUGUACACCAAACAGUCUUGGAUGUUCAUAUGCCAAAAAUGGCUUGCUCUGGAUAAGGACAAUGGCCUGAUUGAGAGGGUGUUUAUUGUGGUCCAGCCACUGGCCACUUUAAACAAAAUGGAUUUUUUCCUCAUCAGCUUUGCCAAGGACCUUGCAGACAACCACUUAUGGUUCUCCCCUUUUGCCCACGUGUGCACUGGUUCUUUCAACAGACUUCAGAGGCUGUCUUGUUGUUUAGCCACUCUCUUCUGCAUCCUGCUAAUCAACAUGUUGUUCUUCAAGAUUGACGUGGAUCAGCAGAUGUAUCCAGGACAACUGCAGUAUCUGAGGUUUCUAAUCAUCGGCAUUCAGAGUGCUUUCAUUUCGAUCCCUUUGCAGAUGAUUAUAACCGUUCUGUUCAAAUAUUCGCAGAAGGAGCCCUCUGAUGAGAAGGCCACUGAAACACAGCAAAAAGUAUGUUCCAAUUUAACAACUGGAAAUCUGAGGAACUGGAAAGAACUCUUGCGGAAAUGUUACCUUCUAGAAACUGCUUCGAAAUCCCCAGGGCCUGGUUUUCCAGACAGCAGCUUUGCUGCUGCUUCCAAUCCCCAAAACCUGACAGAACAUAAAAACAUUAGGUGGCGGCAGACAGCAAAAACCCGAUACAACUGCACGAUUCCAGAGGGGGAUGCCAAUAUAAUUUCAACAGAGGAAGAGGCUUCGCAAGUUGGCUAUACCAACAUCAAUUUUAACAAUAAUUCCAUGGAGAAGGAGGCAGACCACCAAACAAGGCCACUGAAUACUCCCAGCAUGCUUUUCUUCAAAAGGCCCCAGAUCGUAUCUUGGUGGAACAAAUAUGCUUCAUGGAUUCUGGUCUUGGUUAUUUCUGCCUCAUCCUCUUUUUCUAUCAUAUUAUAUGGAACAUCUCAGGACUACAAAACCUCUUUAGAGUGGUUGGCGGCCUCGGCCAUCUCGCUCCUUGUCAGUAUGGUCUUCCUUCAAACCCUGAACAUCCUUUUUUUUUCAGCCUUAAAAUCGCUUCAUCCCAAUUCCUGCAAAAACAUUCCAUGGUCAAUCAAAGAAAGUUUCCUAGAGAUUAAACUGAAUGAACCACGUAUGAAUGCUGACGACAUGCGAGAACUGCAUUACGAUCUUGUAAGAAUGAGAGGCAGCAAGCAAUACCAGCCUUUGGAAGAAGACGAGAUCACCAUUUUUAAGAAAAGGGAGAAGAUCCGACAUCAAGCCUUUGUUUUCCUGAAGGACGUCCUAUGCCACUUUGUCUUUUUAAUCCUUAUUUUGAACAUUGCCUACUCCAUGGAAAAUACCACGAGUUUUUACUACAAUCAAGAUAUGAACUCAAAAUUGUCGAAGGAGCUUUUUGAAGUUGGUAAAAUAAAGGAGAUUUAUCUCUGGUUGAGAGAAGUCUUUUUGCAAUUGAUUCACAACCCCCUGAAGCCAACCUUUCUCCCAGACACCUGGUCCAAAAUCCUGGGUUUACCCAAAAUGCGGCAGAUAAGAGCACAGCAUAGUGAAAAAGAAUGCUUCUAUCCGCACAGUUUUGUAAAUAAAUUUGUGAUUAGUAAAAGCCAUUGUCUUCACAAAUAUGGUGUUGAUGAAGAAGAUCGUAAGAACUAUCUCGGGUCAUGGAAAAACCCAGUUAACGAAUCUGUGGUGAAUCAUUUGGGCAAUUUCACAGGCUUCACUUAUCACAAAGUCCGAGACCCCUGGAGAUACAAUUCCUACGGAGAGCGAAAUGUGUACGAAGCAGGAGGAUAUACAUUCAAUUUUUAUCCCAAGGAGACUCUCUCUGAAUCAGUGAAAAGAAUGGCAUCUUUGGAAGAAAACAGCUGGCUCGAUGAAAAUACUUGGGCACUAAUCGUCGAGAUGACAACUUUUAACUUUGAUACGAACUUAUUUUGCAGCAUAUCGGUGAUCUUUGAAGUUUCUCACUUAGGCCCUAUUAACACAACUUUGUGGAUCCACUCCUAUAAACUCCCCAUUUUCAAGCAGCUGGACCGAAGGGAAAAGUUUGUUUUCAUCCUGGUGGGCUACAUGCUAGUUUUUUACAUCAUCGACGAGUUUUGCGUAGUGGAGCAACAGAGGCUCAGCUACCUAAAAAGUGUUUCUAAUUUAAUUAAUUUUGGCAUCAAGGCAGUGUGUUGUUUUUUCCUCCUGCAACUUGCAUUCAAGUUCAAACUGGCUUCUAGCCUAAUUGAGCUCUAUCUUCAUCAACCGAACCAAUACAUCCCUUUCCAUAAAGUUUCUUUUGUCGAUAAAACUUUGAGGAUCACUCUAGGGUUUUUGGCCUUUCUGAUCAUCCUGAAAACUCUCAGGUACUCUCGUUUCUUUUACGACGUGCGCCUGGCCCAGAGGUCCAUUUUGGCCGCCCUGCCGGGUAUCUGCUCCAUGGCUUUAGUGGUGGCAGUCUACUUCUUCGUCUACAUGGCCUUUGGCUACCUUGUCUUUGGCCAAUACGAAUGGAACUACAAUACGAUGACCCAUUCAGCACAGACCAUCUUCUCCUACUGUGUUUCAGCCUUUAAAGACACGGCCUUCAGAUCCAACCGUGCUCUGGGAGGGCUUUUCCUGGCCUCCUUCAUGAUGGUGAUGAUUUGCGUUUUGAUCAAUUUAUUCCAAGCAGUGAUUAUGUCGGCCUAUGAGGACAUGAAGCAGCCAGUUUACGAAGAGCCUUCCGAUGAAGCCGAGGUGGUUAAUUUUCUCUUCCAUAAAAUCCGCCAAAUAUGGGCUCUCAUCACCUUCAGGAAGGUAUCAACGACAGAUACGGAACUUUUUAAUCGGGUCCUUUUUGGGCUUCCUGAGCGCAAAAACAUGCAUCAUCUUGGACUCAAAGCCCGGAAAAUAAAUGGGAAGAAAAUGGUGUAUCUUGUCAUUUGA